UUCAAAUUGUCUAUCAAAAAACAAAAGUCUGCCAUAAAAUUUUUAGAUUUGAAAAAAGAGAAACGCUUAAAUUUUCUUCCAAAUUUUUUAUAUAACGCCAAUAAUUAGUGCACAAUAACAAGAAAAAUAAAAGCCAAAUCAUAACAAGUCAUUAUUAAACUAAUAAUAUUUGCAUUUUCUACAGUCUAAAAAAAUAUUUGUGAAUUAGUUCAAGAAAAAGAAAAGCCUGUGCGACAAAAUUUAAAGAACUCUUUCUUGCAUACAUUUCUUAAUCUCUCCGAAACACCCUCAAAGCGUCAUGUACAAAUUUACACAUUUCGAUAAAAAGCUUUGCCGAUUCCUUCGCCACAAAUUUGAUCUUGCAGUGGACGAUUGCGAUGUCUACUCAAUUUGGCAUUUUUGUCCAGGCACUCGCUGGAGAGCGAUCAAAAACUUCUUGUUGGAGAGUUCGAUCUGUCAAGCGGAAUGGUUUCCCGUCAUCUAUUGGGUGGUGCUGGCGAUCAGCACACUUGGCACAUUCUAUAGCUUGAGUGAGUUUACCAGCCUCUAUUGGGGUGGACGCAAACGUGUCUCUAUGUGGCGUGCUCGCAAAUAUUACGUCAUACCGUAUUCGGUGUUGCGAAAAUGUCGUCUCGUUGGAGCUUUGGUGAUGCUCAAUGCGUGGCUGCUGCUUUGGUAUGCCGUUAUUAAUGUUUCACCCGGUCACAUGACGCCAUGGCUUACCAUCAAUAUGUUUGUGUUGAGCUUUGAACUAUUGGCUUGGCUGGUGGAGGUGCUGGUUGGCGCCACCAAACUGGAUCUGCACACGCUCUUCACCUUCAGCCUGCCGGUGGCGAAUUACUUGUUUGUGCGUUGUGUGCGCAAUGUUUUCCAGAAUGCCAUCGAAACGAACGAUGUCGACGAUUUGCGGCUGUGGAAGCGUGGCUUCAAGUGAUUACAACAUAGUGUUGUUGUUAUAACCCUAAAUAUAUAUAUGUAUGUAUAGGAAAGCAAUGUUACCCCUGUUGUUGGCAUACGGCAUUUGUUUCGUCGCUUUUUUUGUAACUGUAUAUUAUAUUUGAUUAUUUGUAUGUGUAACCGAUGGUGAUGGUCUGUGUGUAAAUAUUGUGCGCGUUUUGCAUAUUUUUGGUAAUAAGUGUAAAAAUUUUAAUGAAAUAAGUGAAGUAUUCAAGAGGAUUGCUCAAGUGGCAGCACUCCAGAGAUGGAGGGUAUAAGUUUGGGGUUAGUGUUUGAACUUGAACAUUUUUCAACUUUAAAUAUAUGUGAUCUUAUACCAAUA